AUGAGUGAAAAUGUCUUGACUGAGUAUGACUUAAUGAGCCCUGAAGCUCUUGAGAACCUAAGAAGAGAUGUUAUAAAUGACUUAUCUGACAUUCAAACCAGACAACAGCCAACAUGGCAAGAAAGGGAAGCAAUUCGAGCAUGGGGAUCCACUGACAGAACACGAAUUUUCAAGGAACUAGUUUCCAGGCAGCCACUUUAUCAUUCCAAAUGUGAUCAGUGUCAUCUUCACCUGAAUGCUGCUGCUGUAAGAUGCAUGACUUGCAAGAAACAUCUCUGUCACAAGUGCGAUACAGGCUCUCAUUUAACUAUGCCAUUUCACCGACGACUCUUGUGUUCUUCCGACACAUUGCAAAUUUUGCUACCAGAACAUUUCAUCGAUCCCAAGGGCAACAUUAUAAUAAAAGAUGUAUGUGUUCCAUGCUUCGUACCGCAUAUGUGUUACAAUGUCGAAUGCGAAGGAUCCAUGUUACUCAUUCCAAAUCUUCAAGAAUCAAUCGUGGUGGUCAAUGAGAGUGGUCGAUUUCUCGUUAAAGCUGCAGCUUUCGUUUGUGAUAGUUGCAACUCUCGUACAAGAGCCACAAUCGAUGACUAUGUAUUUUCUGGAUUUUUCCCUGGAAGUUUAUCGCCAAAAGUCACCUAUCUUUUUGCAGAAGAGGCACUUCUUCUAGGACAUCACAUUACUCAUAAGUCUCCUGGGUCUUCAAAAAAAAUGUAUGCACAUUCUCUUGAAGAAGUAUCAACAGAAUAUGGCCGGAAUGGACCAAUAAAUGUAACAUUAUUUACUACUGCUGAAAGAGAAUGGGAAACCUGUCGACAUAAUAUUGACGACCAAGUGCUUCAAAGGAACAAAAUUGAUUGCCCCAGUUGUGGGAAAGAACCUUUAGUCAGAUCUUCUGACGCUAUCGUAAAAUUGAGGCGCUUAAGCUCGGCUGGAAAAGUGCACAAUCCAGAAAACGAAAGAACAAUGGAACAGCCACAGGCGAGGUUUGGAAACUUAGUUAUCAAAUCCGAUACAGAAGUUGAAAAUUUCCGUCAAAGGAUUUACAACAAAGUUUCUACUACAAAAAAGAAACAGAUGUGUGGGGGAUCGGCUUUUAAGGCCGCAAGAGAAGACUCCAAUGAACAAAAGAAGUAUGACGAGACUGGGCUCGUCGUUAGCUCUUGCAAGCACUGCGUUGUACCAUACGCAAUCAACAUGUUUAAAGGUGAAUCGUGGACCCAUACUGCAUUUAUGCACAAUGAAGCCAUGAAAAGUAACGCCAAAUUCUUCUGCUACGACGUGGUAUGCCAAUACUGGAAAUGGAUGAAAACAAAAGUGGCUCGUCAUUUUCCUGAAAACCGUAAUCUAACAAGUGAAAUGACAGGAAUCUUGCCUAUCAUGCAUAAGAAUGCACAUCAAUUGCCAUGCAAGAUUUUAUGGAAUCCCCGCUGGACAACUGGAAUAGGCUUAACUGGAGGAGAAGAGCACGAGCAAGUUUUCUCCAAAUUGUAUCUAUAUGCUUAUGUGCUAAAGCAUAUGGCCAAACAUAACAGAAACGAUUUUUUAACAUUAGCUAUUCUUUAUUGGAACUGGGGUAAAAUUCAAAAUAUGCAUUUCCUUCUACGCAAAAAGCUUGAAAAAGCAAGAAAGGAAAUCAAACAAGGCACUCCAAAACUCGAGAAAUUGUUGGAAACCCAUAACCUCGUAAAUAAUGAUCUUCCACUGAUUCACAAGGAGCUGGAGACAAAAGCUAAGGCAAUUCUUGACCAAAGAAAAACCAAAAAGACUACAGUUGAUACACUGAGAAGAAUGCUGGAGGGCUUACAUGCUCAUUUAAAGACUACUUCCAUUUCUAUCUCUAAAGAAGCAGCUAUUUUACAAAAACUAAAUUGA